GCGACCAAUCACAGGCUCUGGAGACUGACCCAUAUAAAAGGAGACAGCUGCAGCUGGGAGAGUAUUGAGGCUGAGCUGUGAGUCCUGCACCAGCUAUGUCCCCCCAGGCAGACUUUGACAAAGCAGCAGAAGAUGUGAAGAACUUGAAAACAAAGCCCAUUGACGAUGAACUGAAGGAACUCUAUGGCCUCUAUAAGCAGUCUACUGUAGGCGAUAUAAACAUAGACUGUCCGGGGAUGUUGGAUUUGAAAGGCAAGGCCAAGUGGGAAGCGUGGAAUGUAAAGAAAGGUCUGUCUAAGGAAGAAGCCAUGAUUGCCUAUGUGUCUAAAGCCCAUGAGCUGAUUGAAAAAUACGGCAUUUAAUGUUAUGUGACUGUGUAUGUUCUCACUGCUCGCUCCUGGAACUACAAUCCUAUCUAGUGGAAAGAACUUUCCUGCUAAUAAUCCUACUUACCAGCUCUAGUCUCCUACAGUGUUUCAGGCACUUAGGAUCGUCCGGUGACAGGAAAGAAGUCUGUUUUCUACACUUUCCUGCCUUUGCUUAUUAAAACUUUUACAAAAUGA